AUGAUUGAUAUGUACAAAGAACUCUGCGAAGAAUACCCUGUCGUAUCAAUUGAAGAUCCAUUUGACAAGGAGGAUUGGAAACAUGUCAAGCAUUUUUCUGGUCUUGGAAUAUGCCAGGUUGUGGGAGAUGACUUCUUGAUGUCAAAUCCUAAACGAGUAGAGAGAGCUGUGGAGGAGGCAGCUUGUAAUGCACUUAAUCUAAAGGUUAAUCAGGUGGGGACUGUGACUGAAGCCAUCGAAGUGGUCAAGUUAGCAAAGGAUGCCAACUGGGGUGUGGUGAUAUCUCAAAGAAGUGGAGAGACUGAAGAUUCUUUCAUAGCUGAUUUGUCUGUUGGUCUUGCCACUGGUCAGAUUAAUGCUGGUGCACCUUGCCGUGGAGAGCGGCUAGCGAAGUACAAUCAGUUGCUUAGAAUUGAAGAAGAGCUUGGAGACCAAGCUAUUUAUGUUGGUGAUGACUGGAGACACUGCUGA